CAUCUUAAUCUUAACCACAAAACCAAUCAAUUAUUCAAUUUUUCCAAAGCUUAAUUGUUGUUAAAUUACUCACAACACUAAAUCAUCGUCACCAUUGGAUAAUAAUAAUAUCAUAAUAUCAUAAUAAUUAAAUUCUAAUAAUAGUAGUUGUAAUUUCAAUUUUUUUCUUGUUUCUUUUUACUUUGUUUCUUUUUUUUGGUGUUAAUUGUGCCAAUUGUCCUGCGAGUAAAUUAAUUGAUUAAUCGUAAUUGUGACCAGUGAUUUAAAUAUGUUGACAAAUUAUUAUUAUUAUUUAAAGUGAAUUAAUUUGUUACAUUUGUUUACAUUUACACAAUUGGAUUUGUUUAUAUUGACAAGUUUUACCAUCAUCUUUAAAUGGGAGUUAAUUGUUGCUCACUUAAAUCAUGGACAACGAUAACAGUCAUCUAUUCAAUUGUAAACUAUAUCAUCUUCACUGGGUUUGAUUUUCUCAUUCUACUCAGUAUUGUAUCACCAUCAACCCUGUUAAUUGGUGAUAAUCAAUGGCAACAAUUUAUCGAAAGUUUCCCCAAGAUUGAUAACUAUUCAAUUAUUAUCGGGAUUAUCCUAAUCCGGUUAAUCCUACGACUGUUUAUCGUAAUCGCGGUUCCUAUUCUUUCAAUAGGAAAUCGAAGUGAUCGACGUAAAUAUCUAAUUCCAUGGGAAUUAAUUGUAUCCAUUUAUAUUGCUGCUCUAAUUGCCAGUUCAGUUUAUUUUCUAAUUGUUGAGAAUAAGAAUGGGUUAAUCAGUGAAUUCCCCAAGUGGAUUAGCGCUAAUUUAGUUCAACUUGAUGUAGAUACGAGUGUUCAAUGGGCUCGAUUUACGAUAUUUCUAAAUCUCUCCGAUGGUGGACCUUUAAUUGUUAUCUGGUUAAUCUUAUUAUGUUUGGUUCACCUUCGAAGUGUUCAAAUACGUUUCGAGAAAAGUCAACUUCGUCGAUUAGGCCAAUGGGACACAAAUAUAUUAACCUAUCGAAUACCUCGAGCUCGUCUUAAUUCAAUGGAUGGACAUCCAAUGGAUUCAACAUUGGAAUUACGAUCAUCUCGUAUUCCCGUUUAUCCAAAUAUCGCUAAUCCAAAUGUAACUGAUUCUCACGCACCUUUUUAUGAUAAUCAAGCCUUCAAAUAUUAACACGAAAUUAUUAUAAUUUAAAAAAAAACCAAAAACAAAAAACAAAAGUUAGAAUUGAAUUUUAACUUAAAAACAAUCGUUCAUCUUGUCAACUGAAUUUAAUUCAUGGUCGUUCAUGUAAAUCAGAAUCAAAGGAAAAAAAUAACAAUGAACAAAACUAA